AUGGCAGAAACUGCAACCGGAUCGCUGCCUCUCCUCCCGGAUGAGGUCGCCACCACUCGUCUGAGGCGGAUCAUGGCGGAGGCUGCAGGAGUGAUGCCUCUCCUCCACGCCCUCCCGGAUGAGAUCUCCAUCCGGGAGAUCCUCGUCCGCCUGCCCCCCAAAACCCUCCUCCGCUGCCGCGCUGUCUGCGCGUGGCGCCGUGCCACCUCCACCCCUGAGUUCCUCCUCGCCCACCAUGCCCGCCAGCCCGCCCUCCCCCUCCUCUACAGCAAACAUUAUAAUUGCAGCGUCGGCGACGACAUCAAGUCCAUAGACAUCAUACCCUACGACCAAAGGCAGCCGACAAGCUCCAGCUACGCGGUGACGACCUUCAUCUGCAACCCGGGCACUCGUCAAUAUGCUCCCCUCCACCAGCUUGAUGGCUUCGGGCUCUUAGGGAUGUACUCACACAGACCAACCGGAGACUACAGAUUAUUGCUGUACAUAGUCCAAAAGAUGAGGAAUGAUGGCUGCUACCUCUACACAUUAGGCUCUGGCCAACCGCCCAGGCACAUAGGCUGCCCUGAUGACAAGGAACUGAUGAAGAACAUUGUAGAUAUCUGGGUGAUGCAGGACUAUGAAGGUGAAGUAUGGGCCUUACACCGUCGGAUUGAAUUGCCAAUUGCAGAGAUCAUGGGGCAAUUUCAAACUUCUGGAGGUUGGUUCGAUCUGGUGGCCGCAUCUUGGGAUGGUGACGUGCUCCUGCUGAUUCAAUUUGAAGGUAACUGGCUACUUCAGGUUGACAUGGAUGGCAAGUUGAUUGCUAAUAUCCAUCGCAGAUUCCUAUGUCCUACUCUACUUCGGCUCAAACAAUCUCUAGUUUCACAUACCUUCUUUCCGGCACUAGAGGGUUAUGUUGUCAAUGCUUCGCCUUUUCAUCUCACCUGA